AAUGGCCGUGCACUUUUCUGUGACCAAUUGACACACCUGACCUGCAUGAUGAACUAACAUUUAAAACACAGCCUACACACUUAUGUGGCUCAACAUGCAUAUAUAACUCAAUGUGGCUGAUUUUACACGGUUUUAUGACUGAGGGCCCUGCUCAAACAAUAUUGGUUCCAGGGGAAAAAAUAACAUUCGACCUUCAGAGCAUCUUUUGAGUAGGCAUGCCAUUUUUGUUUGAGUGUAUUGCUUAGUACCCUAUACAUUAAUCCAAAUGUGAGAAAAACAUUGUUUUUGACAUUCUGGAGACUGUUACCGGGUGUUAUUGAAUAUGCAACACAUUGACCUAUUGAGACUGACUGAACUCAUGACCAGGCCACGUCUCUCACCUCUGAAUAACUUUCUAUAUUCAUUUCUUAAACCUGAGGCUAGACGAGAAGAAAGACUGGGUAAGGAUAGAUGUGUAAGAUGUUUAGCAGUUCACGCAAUCAGCAGCUUCAUUAGAAGUUUGUUCAUGUUAGAAUUCAUAGGGAAUUUGCUUUGGACAAUUGGUAGCAGGAUGCUUGAAAUGAAAUAUGUUGGGUAGUCGGAAAAAAUGUAUGCUUACAUAAUGAAAGUGGACCCCACACAAUUGUAAUAGUACAUUUUGUAAUGUCUUUCACAUUGCUGCCUACUGAAUGUUCUCAAUUAUCAAAAGAGGGGACACCACUUGCAUCCUACAUUGUAACCCAGCCAUGAAGUUGUUAUGGAGGGCAAAGAAGAAUACAGAAAAGGGAGCUUAAAAAGCUUUUGUAAUACCUAAUUGAAAAUGUAAUGGGUUAUUUAUCCACUCACAAAUUGUCCCAUUGAUGCACAGCAUGAUGGGAUACAUUUUGCCUAGUUUAAUAUAGCCCUCUAAAGCUCUUCGGGUUGAGGAGAUUAUCAAGAGAUUCGCGAGCAGUAUUGCGUUUCGAGAUAAUUUGGGCUGUAAAUUUGCAAAUGUAUCUAAUCUCGAACGCUACCUGCAUAGGUCGCGGGCGAGCCUUUCUCGAGAGUCAUCCCCCUCUGAGCAUUGCAUUGUGAUAACAGGCUGACUACACUGCUCGCAAAUACAUUUUGAAAUCUAUAUCCAAUUAUUGCACGCGCCAGCGAGCGUCUGUGUUGCCAAGGGCUAAAAUAAAAGUCAGAUCGCGCUGCAAGUCCUGCCUUUCCCAUCUCCUCAUUGGUUUAUAGAAGCAGGUACCCACGUGCCAUCUCCUCAUUGGUUAUACCCACGUGGGUGACUGAAAGACGAAGUAGGUCGGUGGUGGUAAUGCAUGCAAUUUAUGAAAGUUGACAAUCGCUAUAUAAAGUCAAGAGAAGAAAAUGCCUGGAAGGAGGAGAGAUGACUAGAAACGAUUCAGUUGACCGUUUUAUGUGUGGAUUAAUUGGCAGAGUAGAGGACCUUUCCGGUAAAAUAACAACUCAAAUGUUUAUAUCCCAGGACAAAUUAGCUAGCAACAGCAGGCUAGCUAAAUAUGACAAAUUAGCUAGCAAGUGCAAGCUAGCUUUUUGACCUGUCCCCAAAUUAAUAUAAUUGGUUCAGAGUUUGUUUUGAUAUUUCAACCUGUGUGUCGUGAACGCAUUUGGUAUGGGGGGACAAAAUACAUUUAUUUAUGAUGGCGCACGUGUGCAGCCGAUUUUGGUUCUGUGAAUUAGCCAAUGUGUAUUGUUGUCACGUAAGAGGUCAAGGGAUGCUUCUGGCACCAUUUAUAUAAACAGAAGUUCGCCAGAGAGAAAUCCCCAUACUUUACAUUUGCGCUUGCUGUUUGUACAUAUCAUGUUUGCCGUUUUGUACAUUUUAUAGACCAUGGCAAACGAGAGUUCAUUGACCUGGUCCAUUGCGGAAACAAAGCUUCUGAUAUCCAUUUGGUCGCAAAAUCCGAUUCUAGCGAGGUUGGAAACGUGUUACAGAAAAAGAGAUCUAUAUUGAGAAUGUCCACGGGGUUGCUUGCACAUGGCCACCAUUGUUCGGAAGUAGUGCCAGACAAAAAUCGUAGACAUUAAAUAUAUAUAACACAAGACGAAAGACAAUAAUGGACUGAGUGAUAGUGGCCGGGAGACCUGUCCAUUCUACAGGGAACUGGACGAAUUCCUUGGCACAUGACCUGCCUCCAUGCCUCGCCAUAUUAUUGAGUCCAGGGUGACUGAAGCAGAAGAGCAAGAAUAUGGCAAGUACUUUUUUCGGCUUUGUGUUCUUGUAACUAACAAAAUAAGUCUGGACACUGACCUAAUGUAUUAGCCAGCCAGCUACCUAUAAGUUAUAUGAAUCUAAAUUAUCACUACUUCACGUUAUUUUCUGCUAGCUGCCUGCUAACAAAGCUCACGUUUUAUAACAUAAGUGAUUGUUGCUUAGCCUGUUUGUACAUUUUUCUUUUCACUCUCACCCAAAUGAUUGUAAUGACUAGGAACUAGUUAGCUAUUUCACAACUACUUUAUGUUGUUGACUGCUAGCUGCUUGCUAACAAAAGUCACUGUUCAUAGCAAAUGUAUUCUGUUUGGUAACUUUGCUCAUCACUUGCUCUCCCACAGACUGAUGAAGGGCCAAGCAGCAACCCUGGGCCCAGCAGCAGUUGCAACACUCAACUUGGCUACAGUUCCAACUGAGAGGUCUGUGUACCUCCCAAGUCCAGACAACUCAUCUCUUGGCUCGGGGAACCCUCCUCGAGCCACCACAAAACCUCUUGCACGUGUUGGGCCAUGAGGCAGCGUACAGCAGCACUCCUGUACGCAGACCUCCACCACCUCACGGGCAAUACAGCCAGAGAGACAACAGUUAUCAUUGGCUGUAGUUACCCUGAACAGACAACACCACAAUGCCUUUGAACUUUUCAAACUUGUUACAUACUUGUUUGUUUAUUUUCUGCUUAACCUUUUUUUCAUAUAUAUAUAUUUUGUCAUUACUUUGAUUUAAACUUAUAUUUUGCACCCAGAUUUAUUUAAAACACUCUUCUUUUUUUACUUGAACCUUUUUUAUGUACUUUAAUAAUUUCUUAGUUUGGUUGGUUUUUGAAAUGUUUGCAAAUGUAUUAAAGAUCCAAAAACGGAUACCUCAAGUAUUCAGACACUCAGGUGCAUCCUGUUAUCAUUGAGCAACCUUGAAAUGUUUCUACAACUUGAUUGGCAUCCACCUGUGGUAAAUUCAAUUGAUUGGAAAUUAUUUGGAAAGCUACACACCUGUUUAUAUAAGGUCCCACACUUGAAAGUGCAUGUCAGAGCAAAAACAAUGCCAUGAAGUCGAAGGAAUUGUCCAUAGAGCUCCGAGACAGGAUUGUAUCGAGGCACACAUCUGGGGAAGGGUACCGAACAAUGUCUGCAGCAUUGAAGGUCCCAAAGAACACUGGCUUCCAUCAUUCUUAAAUGGAAGAUGUUUGUAACCACAAAGUCUUCUUAGAGCUGGCAAAAUGAACAAUUGGGGGAGAAGGGCCUUGGUCAGGAGGUGACCAAGAAUCCGAUGAACACUCUGACAGAGCUCCAGAGUUCCAAUGUGGUGAUGGGAGAACCUUCCAGAAGGACAACCAUCUCUGCAGCACUGCACCAAUCAGACCUUUAUGGUGGAGUGGCCAGACGGUAGUCUGGACAAAAACUGGCACAAUCUCUACUGUGAAGCAUGGUGGUAGAAGAAUCAUGCUGUGGAGAUGUUUUUCAGUGGCAGGGACUGGGAGACUAGUCAGGAUCAAGGCAAGACGAUGGGAGCAAAGUACAGAGAGAUCCUUGAUGAAACAAUCUAAAAAAAGUCAAGGGGUCUGAAUACUUUCCGACUGCACUAUAAAUCUAUUUUUGGUCAACUGUUUACUUCUAUCCAUACUUAGUGGUCUGAUAAACAAUGCAAGUAUUUAGAUGCUCUACACCAUUGCAAGCAUUUGCAUCUCAACUCUACCGUCAAAUCAUUACACAUAUUUACAUGUCUGGUGUAUGUGCUGGCUAGGGCCUGUAUUUUGGACUAUGUCUCAUGACCUAGAUUUGAACUUUUUUAAGCCUUUUCUCAAAAUGAGAAUUUAACCAAAAAUUAAAGCAAUUGUUUGAGGGUGCUGGACCAUCUGACACAUAAGAAAUGGGGGAAAUGAAGGUUAAAAUCCUGAUCACGUGACAUGACUGUUCAAAACAUGACAAUGUGUCAUAGAUUAACUGCUUUCUGCUAUUGACUCUAAAGCACUUUUGAGUUAGCCCUUUAUACUCAUAAGUUUAGCAAAUAUUUUUGUUGUCUAAGUGUGGGAAAUGCUGUAAAUUAAAAUGAUGUGAUCUAUUUUGGAAGGUGAGACAUUGAGGAUUAUAAUAAAUACUGUUUUGAUAUCAUACAACCAAGUCAAACAACUGUGAGUCCAAAUGUGCACUUCACAUCUCCAAAUAAUAACAUAAUGAGCCUAUGUUUAUUUAUUGUGUAAAACAUUUGCUGUUGGACAUGCACCUGAAUGCACUCAUGACUCCAUUGCACAUUUUUUUGUACCAUGUACCUUACGCACAUAAAAGGUUUUGUUGGAAACCUGGUCACUGAUUACUGUGGUCCAGGUCAUUGGCAGUGGAGGUACAAACAUUAGCCUAGGCGGAGAAGAUGGCGUUUUCCCAGUCUUCUCAAAUCACUUUAAAAAUAUCCAUCAGUAAGCACCUGCCUUGGUAAAUGGGAGAUUGGCAUAUGGAAAUGCCUAUGACCUUCUCUGCUCACACUCCCCAUGUGUAACCCCCUCUAACUUCUGGAACCUGGUAGACCCACACAUUAUGUGACGCAUGUGGGCAAGGUUAAGAAUAGCUUGUCCCUGGUGCUCACUGUUCUUUAUUUUUUUAUUUUUUUCAACGUCACGGAAUGUGGUUCACAUUCACUGGAGAGUUUUUCAAGACCGUCUCAGUGAGACAUUUCCAUGACCAGAGGCUAUAGCUUUCUGCUCAUGUUACGUAAUAGUAGUUCAAUUAAAUGGCGGAGCGAUUUUAUUUAUUUAUUAUUGUUAUUUUAUUCAGCUUUUUUUGUUGGAUCAGUUUAUCAAGAACCGUGUUGGAUUCAACACACUAGUCAGUUGACAUAUUUAGAAGGGGUGAAAAACACAAUAAAUAUUUGUAACAUAUUUAUAGGAUUGAUGGUGCAAUGCAUGUCUUGAGCAUGAAACAUCAACAGUAGGUUUGACUGCACCACAGAGGGUGUUGUGGAUGCUCGAUAGGAGUUUGAUCAAUCCACUGAAGUGCUCAGAUAUGACCACAGGCAAUAAGUGGGCUACACCGCGAGGAAGGUGGUCUACUUUAUGAAGCCAACACUGGCUCUGUUGUAGUAAUCCUGGAAAACCAGCUUGUUGUUACUGGUAAACACUGUCAAAGGUGCGUUGACUUCACAAGGCAUGUUGUUUACCCUUAAGGAAACCUUCCUCUGGUGUUACUGCUUUGGGACAGUCACGUGGGGGCCUUGUGUAUUUCUGCUGAGUGUACCCCCGGCCCUGUCAGAUUUCUGUCACUGCGGAAAGGGACAUGGCUCCUAGUGUGACGAAUGCAGCAGCCGGUGGGUGUGGGCGAUUUUCUCAGAAAAGAGCCUGACAAACAAGCAGGGAGGAAUGUGUGCCCUGUUAUGUGGGAGGGAUCAGGUGUCGCUGGCUGUGAAGGGCUGGUAUAAAGGACAGGGCUGCUAUACCCCAGUCAGAACAGAUAUCAGCACUUCAGCGGACUCUGAAGCAUCAACUACCAAAGCAAGAGGCUCAGCCCUCAGCCUCAAGUUAUUGGCUUGUUAAAGCCUAUAGGGAAAGAAUAAAAGUUGUCAAUGACCCACUGCGAAGUUUGAGAAGGCUGUGUUGAAAAAUAAGCAAACAUUUUCAAGCUCAACAUUUAAGGAGAAGCCUAUUCCAACAUGGACAUCCAGAGGACCGGCUCGUUGGUGCGUCCACCCAGCCCCAUGGAGAGCCUGGAGAAGCAGCUGAGCUGCCCUAUCUGCCUGGAGAUGUUCACCAAGCCCGUGGUCAUCCUGCCCUGCCAGCACAACCUGUGCCGUGGCUGUGCCAGUGACCUCUACGACUCACGCAACCCCUACCGCUUCUCGGGCGGCGUCUUCCGCUGCCCCACCUGCCGCUUCGAGGUGGUCCUGGACCGCCAUGGCGUUCACGGACUUCAGCGCAACCUGCUGGUGGAGAACAUCAUUGACAUCUACAAGCAACAGCAGGAGGGUGGCGGGGGUAGUGGCAGAGGAGACAGCACAGAGACUCCACUGAAGCCCAAGGACUCCAAGGAACCCAUGUGCCAGGAGCACGAGGGGGAGAAGAUCAACAUCUACUGUGUGACCUGCCAGAUGCCCACCUGCUCCAUGUGCAAGGUGUUUGGCCAGCACAAGGACUGUGAGGUGUCACCACUGGGCAGUGUCUACCAGGUGCAGAAGGGCGAGCUGAGCAACGCUAUCGACACCCUAGUGGCAGGCAACGGGCGCCUUCAGGCCCUGCUCAACCAGAUGGAGGAUACAUGUCAGGCGGUGCAGGACAAUGCACAGCGUGCCAAGCAAAGCCUAGGCGAGCGCUUUGACCUGCUCUACGCAGUGCUCGAGGAGCGCAAAGGCCUGCUGCUGGAACAGAUCGGCAAGGAGCAGGACGAGAAGGUGACUGCGUUGCGGGCGCUGGCCCAGCACUACAGCGAGCGACUGCAGGCGGGAUCAGAGCUGACGGACACAGCGGUGCGGGCCCUGGAGCAGAGCAGCGCCGCAGAGUUCCUGCUGGCUUCCAAGGGCCUUAUCACACAGACCAAGGACACCGCCAAGAUCUCCCUGGGCGAGGAGAGGCCCGAGCCGGGCUUUGAGAAGAUGGACCAUUUCACGCUGUCCACUGAGCAUGUGGAGGCCAUCCUGGCCAAGAUGGACUUUGGAAUGGUCGAAGACGAUGCAUUCGAGGAUGCCGAAGGGGACGAAGAAGAGGAGUGAUGAAACUGUAAAAUAUACAAACUGAACAAACUAUUUACUACUUUUGAAGGUUAUUUUAACCUGAAUGUUCCUGGCAGGGACUCUAGUUGCAAUGUUUCAGUGAUAUUAAGAGAAGUUAGGAAUAAAGUUUUAAAAUGUUUUUAUACGUAGUUGAUUGACUUGGAUACCAUGGCUUUCUCCAGUUUUGAGUUUAAUAUUUUUGUGUUUUUUUGUACUCUUAACUUUGCCUUUUUGUGAACUAUAAUAGUUUUUUUUUAUACUUUUGUAUUUCCAUAUCAGAUGUAUUCUGAUCUAUUUGUUAUGUACUUUAGGUUGAAUAUCCUCUCCAGAUUGUUUACACUUGAAUACUUUAACACAUGUAAAGAUUGAGAUGGGAAAGUAGUUUUGAUUUGUAGUUUCUCAUUGACAUCUAGAAUGCCUAUGGUUGUAUCAAAUUGAUAAAUUAUUUUGUGCACUAAACUGGCAAGAGAAUAUUUCAACAGAUCUGAAAUAAAGGGUAUUUCAAAUGA